CAAUGCGGGGAGAGGGGGGAGUGCUGGCCAUGGCGCUGGCCUCCCGCGGCAUCGUUCUGCUCGCAAUGCUGGCCUGGGCGUGGCUUGGAUCGCCCUAUGAUUCCUCGGCAGCAUUGGAUUUGCCCUGUCUCUCGCGGGAUGAUCAUGGUUUUGAUCGAGGGGGGAUCUCGAAUUCUACGCUUCUCAGAAGCGUUGUGUGGGACGGCGUGUACUACUUGCGGAUUGCUCGCUGUGGCUACGAGUACGAGCAAAUGCACGCGUUCCAGCCUCUCCUUCCCCUUCUCAUGCGUUUUCUCUCCAACACUGCUUUAAGAGGCUUUGUUCCAGUUUUUGGCUAUGAUGAAACGCUCGCCUUGUCUGGCUAUGUCAUAAACGUCAUGGCUUUCGUAUUGGCAGCUCUCUACUUAUAUAGGCUGAGUUUGUACGUUCUAGAACGAGAGAGAAUGGCUUUCCUGGCGACGGCAUUUUUCUGCUUUAAUCCGGCAUCGGUUUUCUACUCAUCCUUAUAUACUGAAAGCUUAUUUGCUCUACUAUCCUUUGCGGGAAUGUGGUAUCUCGUAAGUGGAGCCAGAUGGAAGUCUGCGAUCUUGUUUGGCUUCUCCAGCAUUGCGCGUUCGAAUGGCAUUGUUCAUGCGGGAUUCUUCUUGUUCCAGUGCCUUCACUUGGUUUACCACAACAAAGUCUUCCACAUGAAAAGGCCGCUGCUUGCAGGAUCUCUCUUUGUCAUCAUCCAGUGCGGACUUCAAGCUUCCCUUGUGGUAGCACCCUUCGUUGUUUUUCAGGCUUAUGGCUACUUUGAGAUGUGUUUCAACGAUUCCAAGCAGCAGAGGCCUUGGUGCAAGGCAACCAUACCGUACUUGUAUGGAUUCGUUCAAGAUCACUACUGGGACGUUGGAUUCCUACGGUAUUUCCAGCUCAAACAAAUCCCGAACUUUCUGUCUGCGUCGCCGGCACUGCUUCUAGCAAGCUCUGCCAUUGUCACAUACGCCAGAGCGCAGCCCAAAUUGUUUUAUUCUCUGGGUCUCGCAGCACCUUCUUGGCAGAAAAGAAAGGCCGCCCUUCUUCCAGAUCACUCAAAACCUCCGAGAGUGAAGAAAGAAGCGACGGGAUUUUACGCAGUGGCAAGCGUUCCUUUUGUUUUUGAGCUCUUGGUUAUGACCCUUGUUGCAUUCUUGGUAAUGCACGUCCAGGUGUCGACCCGCUUUCUCUCUUGCAGUCCAGUUAUAUAUUGGUUCUCGGCAUCCUUUCGUAGGCAAUGGAUUGGAUGGUGGGUGUUUCUUUCUUACACCCUGGUUGGAACAUUGCUCUUCGUAAAUUUCUAUCCUUUCACGUAAUCUUUCGCGAGUCCACCUCCAAGAUUUUCUAAUGCAUCUCGAAAUACCGCAAACGGCAAACGUCAAAAGCUAGGCAUUGCUUUCGCUGUCUCCAAGAAAUUUGGUAAGUUGUGCAGCCUUUUUUUUUGUUUUGUUUUGACAGAAUGGAUGAUAUUUCCUGAUUUAUCGGUGUGUGGCCCUGUAUUGAGAUUGAAGAUUAUUUGAGGGACCAAGAGUGACGUACCUGUUACGUUUGCAUCGUCUUUGUGUCUCCUGUACAGCUCAAUCUGUAUCAAUUGUAGCAGGUAUUCAGUUGAAUAUCAUAGUCAAUUUCAAUGAA